CCAAAUAUCAUUUGUUCUCUUGAGAAAUAUAGGAGAGAUCAUGGAAGUCCCUGUGAUAGAUUUCAGUAAGUUCUGUGGUGAGCAGCGCGGCGAAGCCAUGGCUUUGUUGCACGAAGCUUGUGAGAAACGAGGCUUCUUUGUGAUUGAGAACCAUGGCAUUGACGCCGAGUUGAUGGAGAAGGUGAAGCAGCUGGUGAAUACAUACUACGAUGAGUACCUGAAAGAAAGCUUCUACCAGUCUGAGCUGGCCAAGAGCUUGGACAAGUCAGUCUCUCUCCCUGAUACAGAUUGGGAAACCACCUUCUUCAUCUGGCAUCGUCCAACCUCCAACAUCAAGGAAAUCCCGAACGUCUCUGAGGAGCUCUGCAAAGCAGUGGAUGAAUACAUAGCGCAGCUAAUUAAGGUGGCGGAGGCAUUAUCUGAACUGAUGAGCGAGAAUCUGGGACUGGAGAAGGAUCACAUAAAGAAGGCAUUCUCGGGAAGUAGUAAAGGUGCCGUAGUGGGGACAAAGGUGGCAAUGUACCCGCAAUGUCCAAAACCAGAAGCAGUGAGAGGACUGAGAGAGCACACAGAUGCAGGAGGGAUAAUCCUGCUGCUGCAGGAUGAUCAGGUGCCGGGUCUUGAGUUCUUCAGAGAUGGGAAAUGGGUGGAGAUUCCUCCGUCCAAGAACAAUGCCAUAUUUGUGAACAUUGGAGACCAGGUGGAAGUUUUGAGCAAUGGGAUUUACAAGAGUGUGCUGCACAGAGUCAUGGCCGAGAAGAAUGGAAGCAGACUGUCGAUUGCCACCUUCUAUAACCCUGCUGGGGAGGCCAUUAUAUCUCCUGCUCCCAAGCUGCUAUAUCCAAGUGGCUACACUUUCGGAGACUAUCUCAAGCUCUAUGGAAGCACCAAGUUUGGUGAGAAGGCUCCCAGGUUCGAAUCCAUGAAGAAUACACCCAACGGCCACUAAGACCUUCUGGCCUCAGAAAAGCAGUAUUAUACUAUCAUAUUAUAUCUGUCAAUUCAGUUUCACUAAUCAUAUGUUUCAUAUUGCCACAAAAAACAGAAAAAGGAAAAAUGUCUUGCAGGAUCAGGACAUGUUUUCUUUCUUUUCUGUUUCUUUCGUUUUGGCAUGAAUAACGAGAAAUUUUAUGUACUGUUACACAUACAUAUAUAUCCCCACACACACAGCCCCCCCC